CGCCAUGAGCAAAUGAUUAGCAGCAAUGGACCACCCGCCCACCCUAAACUAAUCAUUCAAGCUUUAGUCUUCGGAAUUGAUAAUAUCACCUUUGUUUUGAACCAGGUAUAUACCUCUCUUUUCUGACGAGCCAUUGAAAAAAAAUUUGAAAAAAGAUAUAAUAUCAAACAAAAAAGUCCUUUGAAGCCAUUUUCAGUGUCUCCCCGUGUUCAGUGCUCAUGUGCAGUCGAUGUCGGUUAUAAGUUUGUAACAAGUGGAAAUCUACUAAAUCUGAGUGAUUUCUUCUUAUCAGGCAGGCAUGCCUAUUUGCCAAUUUGUCUUCGCGGGACAAGAAGUCGGUCCCAUCUAUUAUUGCAGGAGCAUGAGACGAAUGGUUGAAAGAGAUUUUUCUGGCCCAAAGAGCAAACUCUAUUGAAUAUUACAGCCAAAUAACAUGCUAUAUUGGCAUGUGAGGUCACACUGGAGCCAACAGCACAAGGUCUCCUUUUGGGUGUUCUUAAAUUUUCCAGCAACCCAUUUGGGCAUUUUCUAUUAAUAAUCGAGAGCCUAUUCGUCUGGACCUCAAUCAACCCAAUUCACUUCUCAGCCUGUUUUGGGACAUUUUGAGGGAGUGCACAUUGCAAUGUCGCUUGCCGCUUCUCCAAUGGCUGUGGCAAGCUCUGCAUUGCCCUUACAGAAGGCCUUCCCAAGGAGAAUUGAAGGAAAUGAUUUGUGCAGGAACCCUUUCGGUGAGGCAAUGCUCUGGAAGAAGAAGAGGGUCCUCAAAGCGCAAGCAUUGCAGUCGCCUGACCUUAAAAUGUCCCCAUCCUCACCGGGGAAUCUGAAUGGCGGGUGGUCACCUGACAGUUGGAAGUCCAAGAAAGCACUUCAGAUGCCUCAAUACCCAGAUCCUCAAGAAUUGGACUCUGUCGUAGAGAUGUUGAAGACCUUUCCUCCUCUAGUUUUUGCAGGGGAGGCAAGGAAGCUGGAAGAGAGGCUCGGAGAGGCUGCUUUAGGUAGAGCUUUUCUAUUGCAAGGAGGGGAUUGUGCAGAGAGCUUCAAGGAAUUCAAUGCAAACAAUAUAAGAGAUACCUUGAGGGUUCUUCUGCAGAUGGGUGUUGUGCUCAUGUUUGGAGGCCAAAUGCCUGUAAUCAAAGUAGGGCGUAUGGCAGGGCAGUUUGCAAAACCAAGGUCAGAGAAUUUUGAAGUUGUGAAUGGUAUGGAAUUACCAAGCUACCGUGGUGACAACGUUAACAGUGAUGCUGUUGAUUUGAAAGCCCGACAGCCUGAUCCACAAAGGAUGGUUCGUGGCUAUUCUCAAUCUGCUGCAACCCUGAACCUUAUUCGGGCAUUUGCAACUGGUGGAUAUGCAGCAAUGCAGCGUGUGAUUCAGUGGAAUUUGGAUUUCACCUCUAACAGUGAUCAGGGAGAAAAGUAUUUGGAGCUUGCACACCGGGUAGAUGAAGCACUUGGGUUUAUGUCUGCUUGUGGACUUACAGUGGAUCAUCGAAUAAUGAAAAGCACAGAUUUCUGGACUUCUCAUGAGUGCUUGCUACUCCCAUUUGAGCAAGCAAUGACCAGAGAGGAUUCUACCAGUGGACUCUGGUAUGAUUGCUCUGCCCAUAUGUUGUGGAUUGGAGAGCGCACCCGGCAGCUUGACGGUGGGCAUAUGGAAUUUUUGAGGGGUGUCGCCAAUCCUCUGGGUCUCAAGGCUAGUGAUAAAAUGGACCCAGCAGAAUUGGUGAAAGCCUGUGAGAUCUUGAACCCUACAAACAAACCAGGGAGGUUAACAGUAAUUGUUCGGAUGGGUGCCGAAAAACUGAGAGAGAAGCUGCCCCAUCUCAUUAGAGCUGUGCGCCAGUCAGGCAUGAUUGUGACCUGGGUCAGUGACCCCAUGCACGGGAACACAAUUAAAGCACCAUCUGGACUGAAGACUCGACCAUUUGAUGCUAUUCGGGAUGAGCUCAAGGCCUUCUUUGAUGUUCAUGAAGAGGAAGGUAGCCAUGCUGGGGGCAUCCACUUGGAAAUGACAGGACAAAAUGUGACAGAAUGCAUUGGUGGAUCCAGAGUGGUAACUAUGGAUGAUCUCAUAUCAAGGUACCAUACUCACUGUGAUCCAAGACUGAAUGCCUCACAGUCACUAGAGCUUGCUUUCAUCAUAGCUGAAAGGCUUAGAAGAAGAAGAAUGAUAAAAUCUGACCUCCAAACUUCAAGCUUACCAAGAGGUUUAGCUGCUGUGUAGGCUUUAGUACCAAUAUUAAAAUCAAUAUUGUGUGCUGUUUUCCAAGUUGGUUUUUACUUGGAGAAGAAGACUUUGCCCAUUGCUUUCUAAUAACUAGAGAAGGUGAUUAACUUGGGUUACCCCAAUCUAAGAGUCAAACUCUGUUGUAAGACUUUUUCCUCUUGAUUCUGUGAACAUAAUUUGAUAAUCAUGUGUGUAGUAGGUUCUA